AUGUAUACAAAAACACCUCGAUUACAAAAUAAAAAUUCACGUGUAGGAUCUUUGUCAUUAAUUUAUAAAAAGAAAAAUUUCUUUGAUCCUAAAUGGACGUCACGCUGUUCGGGUUAUAACUGUAAGAAACUAGCAAAAAUAAAUGGUCUAUGUAUAGAUCAUGUGAGAAAGUAUAAAAAACACCGACGAUCACCGGAAUAUAGUAAAGAUUAUUACAAACCAGCGUCAUAUCCAGUAUUAAAAGAAAUGGAUAUUACUAGUCCGACAAUAGAUCAUAAUGAACAGUACACUUCUCGAGAUAAUAAAUUGAAUUCACGAAAUUCAACAUCAUCAUCAUCACCUGCUCAUUCCAAUUUCAAUCUCGAACAAGCUCUUAAAGAUCAAGAAGACAGUGGUGCAUUAAAUUUCAAAUCUAAAGGUUUGACUUAUGAAGAUAUACAAGCUAUAACUCAUUAUGUACUCAAUAACACGAAGCCAAUUAGUUCAUUGAAUCUAUCUCACAAUAAUAUUCAACUUCAAGCAAUAGAAUAUUUAAGUCAAGCUAUCGGACUUAAUAUAGCAAUAACUAAUCUUAAUUUCGCUGUAAAUCAAAUCGGUGGUAAUGGAAUAUUUCAUCUAAGCAACGCAUUGGAAACCAAUAAUACACUCACUCAUCUCAAUCUUCGAAGAAAUCAACUUGGAAUUAAAGGAGUACUAUCUCUAAGCAAAGCAUUAAGUUUAAAUAAUACAUUAACUGAAUUGAAUCUUUCAGAAAAUAAUAUUGGUAGUGAAGGAGUAACUCAUCUGACAGCAGUAUUACAAACAAACAAAACGAUUACAACACUCGAUCUUUCCUAUAAUAAAAUUCAAGCUAAAGGAAUAGAAUCUUUAAGUACAGCAAUUGCAUCGAAUACAACACUGACUACACUCAAUCUUGCUGGUAAUGAAAUUGGACGUAAUGGAAUGUUUCAUCUUAGUAAGGCAUUAGAAACAAAUAAAACACUUACUACUCUCAAUCUCAAUGGAAAUCUAUUCGAAGCAAAAGGAGUUGAAUAUCUAAGUAAAGCACUAGAAAUAAAUAGCACACUUAUAACAUGCAAUCUUUCUGAAAAUAAUAUUGGAGAUGAAGGAGCACGUACAUUAAGUGUUGCAUUACAAUCAAAUAAAACACUUACAAGUCUAGAUCUUUGUUGGAAUGAAAUUAGAGUUGAUGGAGCGCAAUAUCUAAGUAAUGCAUUAAAAAUCAAUAACACACUUAACACACUUGAUCUAUGUUGGAAUAAAAUUCUUACUGAAGGAGCAUACUAUUUGACGUAUGUAUUACAAUUAAAUAAGGUAAUUACGACAAUUGACGUUCGAUGGAAUGGAGUCAGCGAAGAAGUACUACACAGUUUGGGUCUUGCUUUAAGAGAAAAUAGAAAAGCAAAAGAAAAUACUGAAACAAUACCAUCAGGAUGUUUAUAUCCUCAUUCUAAAUUUGAAUAUGUUCAAUUUGUAGAAUGUAAUCAUCGCCAAUCAUUUGGAUUAUUUAAAAAUGUUCAAUUGGCAUUUAAACGAUCAUCAGCAACAGCAACAAUUCCAAUUAAACCAUUAUCACCAACACUUUCAGCUGGUGCAAAACAACGUAUAGGUCUAUGGUUAGCUUGGUCAGCAGGUAUGACAGCAGGUGCUGUUGUUCUUGGUGGUGUAACACGUUUAACUCAAAGUGGUUUAUCAAUGACAAAUUGGCAUUGGCUUAAUGAUAUGAAUCCACCACGUUCAGCUGAAGCAUGGCAAGAAGAAUUUGAACGUUAUAAACGAUUUCCUGAAUAUGAACAAAUGAAUCGUGAAAUGACAUUAGAUGAAUUUAAAAGAAUUUAUUAUAUGGAAUUUGCACAUCGUAUGUGGGGUCGUGCAACAGGACUUAUAUUUGCUUUUCCUGCAUGUAUGUUUUGGUAUCGUGGAUUAUUUGAUAAAGGAAUGAAAAUACGUGUUAUCAUAUUUGGUAGUUUAAUUGCAGCACAAGGUGCUUUAGGUUGGUAUAUGGUUAAAUCAGGUUUACAUAAAGAUACAUUAAUUGAUGGACGUGCAAGUGUUUCACCAUAUAGAUUAGCUGCACAUCUUGGUACAGCAUUUGUUCUUUAUUCAGGUCUUCUAUGGAAUUCUUUUAAAUAUUUAAGUAAACCUGAUAUUUAUUCUUCAACACGUGUUCCACGUGGUUGGGCAAUGGGUGUACAUGGUUUAUUAUCUUUGAUAUUUGUUACAGUUGUUGCUGGUGCAUUUGUUGCUGGUUUAGAUGCUGGUCUUGUUUAUCCAACAUUUCCUAAAAUGGGUGAUCAUUGGAUACCACCAGAAUAUUCAGCAUUAUCACCAUGGUAUAGAAAUAUGUUUGAAAAUCCUGUUGCUGUUCAAUUUAAUCAUCGUGUUCUUGGUUUAACAACAACAGCAUCUGUAUUAGCUUUUUCAUUAGCUUCACUUUCAGUUAAAUUUGGUCGACGAGCAGCAACAGCUAGAAAUUUACUUGCAGCUAUGGUUAUCUUCCAAGCAUCAUUAGGUAUUGGUACACUUUUAUAUCAUGUACCUGUUCCAAUGGCUGCAGCACAUCAAAGUGGUUCACUUGUACUACUUUCAUUUGCACUUUGGUUAGGUUAUAAUUUAAAACGUGUUCCAAAAAUAUAA